UCAGCUGCUCAAAGUGAGGUUCUAAAAAGUUAGUUAAAAGCAGAGAAGUUAGAGACAGAAGAAAGUAAAGGUUAAAAUGGAGUCAAAGACAAAUAAGAUGAAUAGGAAUUUUUAUCUUCUAGUUCUUGCCCUGAUAGGGCUUCUUGCAAGUGUGAUUGUAACCUCAUGUUUUCAUGAGUUCCAAAUGAUUUGGGAGAAAGACAUUAGAGACCAAUUUGCUGAAUGUGCAGUUCAAUUGCAUGGCUCUGUGGCAACAAGUAUCAAAGAUGGUUUAAUCACCAUGACAAUUAAAUUUCUCCAUUUCUUCACUGCAAAGUGGAUGCAGUUCAGAUAUUUGUCCCCAUUGCAGCCCCUUCCAUUUUCUACAUCCAACUUAUUUUGGUUUUCAUUUGCUCGAUCGAUUUCUUCAAUGCCCGACCUCCCUUUCUCAUAAUACAAUUAUUUCUUCAUAUUUAAUUUCAUUCUUUGUAAAUUACCAAUUUAUUCCGCUGUAUUUUCUACCAACUUCUGUCCUUUUCCCAUUUCAUUUUCUUUUUAUA